UAAUACCCCACUUUAAAGAAACACUGCUCCUAGACCAGUAAAAGAGCGCCUGAAAGUAAUCAAUACCGAACCGGAGUUUGGUAAUAUUGCACAUAAUUAAGAAAGUUAUGGCGUCUACCCGAAGGCGAAGGUGUUACUCCAUGGGAUCCUUUCUUGUACUAGCCAUAUAUUUCACAUCUAAAGCUACCUUUGAGAUGACGAAAGAUUUAGUGAGAGAUGAUAUUGCAUAUACCAAAAGCCAGCUGCAGAAACUUGAAAUUAGUCAGCAAAUAGAUCUUGCAAAUCGCCAUAUUGCUCUAACAUCAAAUACUACCAUGAAAUACAAACACCCAAGGCCAAGCUGCUGGAAGUUACUAGAGGGAGAUAAACGAGAAAUUGAGAAAGUCAAAAUGGCUGCCAUAUCACCAAAACGCAGCGCUAUCGCGGAUGUGGAUUUUAUUAAUUUAACAAGAAAUUGUCUUCAAUUCCAAGAAAAUCGUGGAUAUAUCAUGAAUUCUUCAGACUUGGAAAAAAGUUUUCCGAUAGCCUUUAGUAUUUUAGUAUAUAAAAAUGCUCAUCAGACCGAGCGUUUGCUGCGGGCUAUUUACAGACCUCAAAAUAUUUAUUGUAUACACGUGGACGCGAAAUCCCCAAUUAUUCUUCAACGGGCUUUGCGCAGUAUAGCCAGUUGCUUUGACAACGUAUUUCUUGCAUCAAAAUUAGAAAAUGUUAUUUAUGCAGGUUUUCCUCGGUUGCAGGCAGAAUUAAACUGUAUGAGGGAUGCCAUGCAUAGACGAGAGAAGUGGAAAUAUUACAUUAAUUUGGCCAGUCAGUCUUUCCCGCUGAGAACUAAUUUAGAAAUGGUAGAGAUAUUGAAACUAUACAAUGGUGCUAACGACAUUGAAGGCAUAACAGGAAGUCGACUGGAACUAGUUAAGAACAGAUUCAGGAGAAGUUGGGAGGUGGUGCAUGAAAACGGAAAUACGAAGCUUAAAAUUACUGACAAAUUAAAGGACCACCCUCCAUUUAACAUCAGUAUUGUUCGAGGAAGCGCUUAUGGUAUAUUUAGCAGGGCGUUUGUGGACUAUAUUUUGAAUGAUCCCGCUGCCCGGGCGCUGCUUGACUGGUCACGUGAUACGUACAGCCCAGACGAGCACUACUGGGCCACCCUCCACCACCUCCAGAUCAACCCUCAACUAAACACUCCAGGCGGAUACACAGGAAAGCCAGAUAACAAACCCUGGCUUGCGGUAUGGGCUGCCUGGGGUGGUGUAGACCCUUGCAAUGGGCGCUGGCAGAGGGGCGUGUGCGUUCUUGGCGUUGGAGACCUUCAUCGCCUUGUCACACGAAAAGAGUUCUUCGUCAACAAGUUUCUUGAUGAUUUUGAACCCGAGGCUUUGGACUGCGCCGAAGAAUGGAUUCACGCUAGAGCCUUGUCCGCUUUGCCAAUGGACUUGGGUUUUUACCAAACGUUGCCGUUUUUAAACCGAUAG